AGAAAUAAAUGAAGCAAUUGUUUCUCUAAAAAAAGAUUCGUUUGAAUAUUUACGGUGAAGAGAAAGAUAGAUUUGGUUUCUGGUGGAGGAAGUGUUGGUUUAAUGGGUUUGAUAUCUUGGAGAGUCUCAUAAGGUGUUGCCAUGUACUUGGGAUCAUUCCUAAAGCAUUGAUGCAUAUUGAGCACAUAUCUGGUGAGACUGUUGGAGAGGUAAGAAUUGUUUCAGACAUGCACGAGCGCAAAGCUACAAUGGCUCAAGAAGCUGGGGCUUUCAUUGCGCUCCUAGGCGAGUUUUCUUAUUCAAAAUUUCUAGCAAGUUUUGAAAGUUUGCAAAAUGAUGAUGGCUUCUUAAGGUUGUAGGAAAAUGGUAGGAAAAGUCUAUUUCCUACGAAAUUCCUACGAUUUUGGCCUUAGGAAAAAUGGGUGUUUCUUGUAUUUCAUCAGGAGGUAUGAAACUAUGGAGGAACUACUGGAGAUGAUAACAUGGGCACAGCUUGGUAUCCAUAAGAAGACGGUUGGUCUUUUGAAUGUUGAUGGUUACUAUAACAAUUUGCUUGCUUUCUUUGACACUGGAGUUGAAGAAGGUUUUAUUAAACAAGGUGCUUGUAAUAUCGUUGUUUCCGCGCCAUCGGCUAGAGAACUUAUGGAGAAGAUGGAGCUAUAUACUCCUUCACACAAGUACAUUGCUUCUCACCAAAGCUGGAAAGUUGAACCACUUGGAGAUUACCCACUACUAAAUGAGAACAAGCCUCAAUGAAACUUGGCAUGCUUUUGUGCAUAAGAAGCAAUCUCUUUAACAUUUUGAGACAUCAAUUAUGUUUGCAGUCACAAUCUUUUUUCAAUAGUGCAAAGCUUUUGGUGAAUGGUUAAGGCCAUUAUGUCUUCUUCAUCUUUUUUUGUUUGUUGGAAAGUUUGGGAAUCAAUUAGAGUGAUCUGUCCCUUCUUUUAAAAAGAAAUUGUGACAGAUUCUAAGCUUGAAAAGCGUCAGCUUAUUUAACUCACAUGGAAGCAUUUAGAUAAUUU